GUGAUUGCUUGUUCAAACCCCCGUUUUUGUCUCUUUUUGAAAAUAAUUUUAACUGGAAAUAUGUACAAUACAUAUGCUAUGUUCGUCAAAUCAGGAUCAGGAGGUUCACAGGUUUUUUCGUGUCCUUUUUUUUCUUUAAAAGGAUGAAACUAGCAUGUACAUAUGAAAUAGUGACUGAAUUCGAAACUCCCAUGAAUUCUUUCAGUAUCUGAAGAUUGCUGUACAUUUUAUGAGUAAUAAAAUAAAGAAAUGAGUUAUGUUAUUUAAUAAUGAACUAUGGGUUAUCUGUUUUAUGUGACAACCGCAGUAUCAAUUUCUAGGUGACAGUGGUGCUAAUCCCAAAAGAAAGGCUACAUACAAAAAGGAACAAGAAGUCUAUUGGCAAAGUGAUGAAUAUUGCAUGUACCUUGGCCUAACGGUGUGGGUUAUGUAUUUUAUUUUUCAUGGCGUCCUCAACAUUACAGUUUUAAGGGCAACAAUAGCCUAAAUUUGUUUACAACUCGCAGGAUUUCCAUACGUGAGCUUUCAACAACACAGAGUGUUGCAUCAGCACGAGAUCGAAAGUGCGUCAAAUCUGUACAGCAUUGUUACGUCAUCACUGAUAAACGUUGAAACUGAUCAAAAACCGCUGGAGCGGUGCUGGAGGAUUGCGUUUGUUUUCGCUUUGGAUGCGCGUUCAUUUUGGCAAGGAAAUGUGCUGAUUUUGCAAGGAGAUGGAGAAUAAAGAGUUCAAGCAGGCUGCAGUGGUGACCUUCACUACCGUGACCCACAAGGAUGAAACUUCCCAGACCAGCCUCACCCUCAGCAGGGGAAAGAGAAGCUACCCAGACCUACACACCUUUGUGCAGGGCAUGAAGGACGACCAUUGGAAUCUGCUGAGUGAGAAUAUGCGUGCCGGGAUGAGCAGACAUGAGUUUAGUGCCAAGUGCAUGGAUAUUGUAGCAUGGGUGAUGGAGUCUACAUCCACUGUGGUUGUUCCCGCCCUUGACCUCACCAUGCAGAUAGAGCUCUCUGAUUCGCCAAGCUCUUCUGGAUCAGGAAGUAAUGAGGCAGGAGAGGUGACCUCUCUUGGCCGCAGCGUCAGAUUCAGCUGUAGUGGAGGACCCAGCAGGUGCACCAGCGCCAGAACCGCCUGCAGCACACGCACUCCCACGCCUUUCCCCUCCUCUCACAGGUCCAUGACCUCUUUGCUAAGUGAGAAUGAAGAGCGAUAUGUCUCCUCACCUGAGGGUGGCGAUAGAGAGAUGAGACACAGACAACACUCAGCACCACUGAGAUCUGUGUUUGGCAUCUCUGAGGACUCUGUCUUCGACAUGGUCCAGAGCGGCCAGUCGCAGGGUGACAUCGUACCGCUGCCCAAACGGAGUAGACAGGAGAAAUACAGACCUAGCAAAAUGUCAACGGAUGGCAAGUUUAUGAUGGGUAUUGUCGAGUUGGUUAUAAACCUUCUCAACUCCAGAUUGGCUGAGCUAAUGCGAAGUGUCAGUCAGGGAACUCUAGUUCUGCUGACUGGAAGUAUCUCAGCAAGUCAACAGUUUGCCCAAGAGAUGCUAAGCAUGGCGACUUCUAAGAUGUAUUCCCAUGCCAUAGAGCAUAUUGCGCUCGGCCACAAGUCUCCCCUUGAGUUAGAGAGGGAGCUUGAGGCCAUCUUGGGUCCUCUGGCUGGACAGGUCAUAGUCAUCAUCAUAGAUAGCAUCAUCAAGGCUAAAGCCAACGGAGGAAAUGAGGGGAGAGCGUCCAGCCCCUUGACCUAUUUUCUAACUGCCAUUUCGGCAGAAAUACAAAGCCUAGUGGUUCACAGAUCGGCUAGCAGACCAUCCACCAGACUGUCCAACAACGACCCACUGCUGAACAUUUCCAAGUCAAAGGUCUUAAGAUCAGUUCUGCUCAAAAUGGCAGAGCUCUUUGGCCAAGGUCCAAGUGAAACCUGUCUAGUUCCACUAGUCCAGAGUCAGUCCAACAACUCAAUUUGCGACUGGACUGUGAAUGCAGGCACCAUUCAUCCAAGUACAUUUCUGUCCGACAACAGAGUGACAGAAGUGUCAUCCGAUGUUGUGGAUCUUGUACUUGAGGUUUUUUGGAUAACAGGAUUUUUGGAUAACAGGAACCCGUCAAGGCCACAGAGUGCCUGCUCCCACAACUCAGCUAGUGGAGCAAUAGAUAUGAGAGCUCUUGCUGGGGACUUGGUCAGACAGGUGUCUGUCAAACUCAGCCCAUUUGUCUCUGAGAGUCAACUCUCCACCAUGUCCAUGACAGAUCUGUCAUCAUCUUUUUCUGACUCCACCUUGAAGCAGUUGUGUUCUCGCUCUGUUGUUGCUCUGGCAACUGCCUGUCAAGCAAUCAAAACAGAGCUCGAGAACCAGAGACCUACCAACCUGGCAGCCAGAGACCUACUAUCGUCUCUGGUAGAGACCAUUGAGGACAUGGAUAUCUCUGACAUCCUCCAGGGCCCGUCGGCCAUUUUGGAGGAGGCUGCUGUGAUAAAGCACCCAGAGAUGUCCACCUCGACAAUAUACAGAUCUCUGCUUCUCGACUCAUCUCUCGCCUCCUCUAAGAUGGUCACUGAGAGCAUUAUCUUCAACAACCCAUGCCCAUCAGAGGAGAAUGUGAGUAUUCAGAAGGAGCUCCCUGCUGAUAAAGUUGACAUCCUCCAUGGUCAACCAGUGGAGGAGUAUAUUGUCAAAGCUGAGCAAUGCAUCACUCAGGUCAUUCAGGAUGCAGCUGUGACAUAUACUGCUGCGCUGGAUAAAACCGACACUUGUGGAAAACUGUCGGAAAUCCUAUCUGUCCAUGUUUCCUCAGAGAAUAUUGAGGAGGCAUCCUCUGAUCUCUUUGGUGGAAUUAUUUCCGAACUGCAUGAGGUAUCUGAGGUCAAUAAGGCCUCCAUGCGUACGAAAUCAGGUCGCAAAAUGUUCUGGGUGGAAGUGAGUUCAGGUUCCCAGAAGAUUUAUACCAAAACCCUGGACAAACUAAGGAAGCUGUUCACCUCCCACCAUCUCACUGAGGGAAAAAAAUACUCCUGUGCAAAUCGAGCUUUCUGCAACUGGACUACUUGUAACUGAGGCCACUGUGCAGGAAUCUCCUGUAACUGAGGCCACUUUGGCAGUGUCUCCUGUACAGAAGACAGACAGUAAGACCCCUUCUAAGUCCCCAGCCUCAGCCUACCAGCUCACCCUCGACACCUGCACUAAAGGGGUAAUCAAACAGGUGAUCUCGGUGCUGAGGGUGGACACUUCAAAGGAAGACUGCUCCGCUUCCGUUGGGGAGAGCACGUCAAAU